AUGAAUGAAAGUUUAAUGGUUGCAUAAUUGAAGCAAAGGUUCUCAUAACCAAAUUAAUUACAAAGAGGAUAUGAUGAAUUGUUAACAUAUAUUAAAAGUAAUGAUUUAUCAUUUGAAUUAAUGUUAAUGAAAAUGAAAUUUGAAGAGAAACUUAAGAAAAAUGAAUAAGCAUUAAAAACAUGGUAUUAAUAUUAAAUUAUGAAUAGUAAUUUUUUAUUGUUCUUAUAACCUAAUUCAUAAGAGUUACAUAUAAGGAAAUUGAAUAUAUUAAAACAACUAUAAUAUUUUAAAGAAAUAUCAGAUGAAUUAUUGAUCAUUAAAUAACUAUUUCCUUAAGUUAAUUUAAUGCAAAUAUGA